GCCAACAACAAACCGGAGAUCGAAGCAGCCCUGUUCCUGGACUGGAUGAGGCUGGAACCGCAGUCCAUGGUGUGGCUGCCCGUCUUGCACAGGGUGGCUGCUGCUGAGACCGCCAAACACCAAGCGAAGUGUAACAUCUGCAAGGAGUGUCCAAUUAUUGGAUUCAGGUACAGAAGUUUAAAGCACUUUAACUAUGACAUCUGCCAAAGUUGCUUCUUCUCUGGCCGUGUUGCUAAAGGUCAUAAAAUGCACUAUCCCAUGGUGGAAUACUGCACACCGACAACUUCAGGAGAAGACGUCCGUGAUUUUGCCAAGGUACUAAAAAACAAAUUUCGAACAAAAAGAUAUUUUGCAAAGCACCCACGAAUGGGCUACCUGCCUGUACAAACUGUCUUGGAGGGAGACAACAUGGAAACUCCUGUUACUCUGAUCAACUUCUGGCCAGUAGAUUCUGCGCCUGCCUCGUCCCCUCAGCUUUCACAUGAUGAUACUCAUUCACGCAUUGAACAUUAUGCUAGCAGGCUAGCAGAAAUGGAGAACACCAAUGGUUCUUAUCUAAAUGAUAGUAUAUCACCUAAUGAGAGCAUCGAUGAUGAACACUUGUUAAUCCAGCACUACUGCCAAAGUCUGAACCAGGAGUCCCCCCUGAGCCAGCCCCGAAGCCCUGCCCAGAUCCUGAUUUCUCUGGAGAGUGAAGAAAGAGGGGAGCUGGAGAGAAUCCUCGCGGACCUGGAGGAGGAAAACAGAAACUUGCAAGCAGAGUACGACCGUUUGAAGCAACAGCAUGACCACAAAGGACUGUCUCCGCUGCCGUCCCCACCGGAGAUGAUGCCGGUUUCUCCGCAAAGCCCCCGGGAUGCUGAGCUCAUUGCAGAAGCCAAGCUGCUGCGCCAGCACAAGGGCCGCUUGGAGGCCAGGAUGCAGAUACUGGAGGAUCACAACAAACAGCUGGAGUCACAGCUGCACAGGCUGAGGCAGCUGCUGGAGCAGCCACAGGCAGAUGCCAAGGUGAAUGGUACAACACUAUCAUCUCCUUCUACCUCUUUGCAGAGGUCAGACAGCAGUCAGCCAAUGCUUCUUCGUGUAGUUGGCAGCCAGACUUCAGAAACCAUGGGCGAGGAUGAGCUGCUCAGCCCUCCCCAGGACACAAGCACAGGUUUGGAAGAAGUGAUGGAGCAGCUGAACAACUCCUUCCCCAGCUCCAGAGGAAGAAAUGCCCCUGGAAAGCCAGUGAGAGAGGCCACAAUGUAGGGAACCUUUUCCACAUGGCAGACGACUUGGGAAGAGCGAUGGAAACCUUAGUGACAGUGAUGACCGAUGACAAGGUGUUAGAAUAGCAAGAUGUGUUUUACAACUUCAGGCGUCCCGCAUGGUUUUUAUAAUAUUCAUACUACAAAGAGGAUUAGACUGUAAGAGUUUACAAGAAAACAAAUCUAUAUUUUUGUGAAGGGUAGUGGUACUAUACUGUAGAUUUCAGUAGUUUCCUAAGUCUGUUACUGUUUUGUUAACAAUGGCAGGUUUUACACGUCUAUGCAAUUGUACAAAAAUUAAAAGAAAACUACAUGUAAAAUCUUGAUAGCUAAAUAACUUGCCAUUUCUUUAUAUGGAACGCAUUUUGGGUUGUUUAAAAAAAAUUUAUAACAGUUAUAAUGAAAGAUUGUAAACUAAAGUGUGCUUUAUAAAAAUAAUUGUUUAUAGAAACCCCCUUAAAAAAAACACAAAAAAAAAUACUGAGGCAGUGCAUUUGUUUAGUAUCAUUUCAGCUCUGUAACUGCAUCAGAGAGAUUAAUGUUCUGUGUUCUUCUCCUUGCCUAUCAAAAAGAAGAAAAAAAAAGUAUUUCCUGCAACGACACCAAAACGGCCAACUUAUGUUUCUCAUUGGUUUUAUCUGACUAGGGCUGGCUUAAAAAAAAAAAAUCUCCUGAACUUGCAACGAAGGUAGUUAUUUCACCUCUUUCCAAUAAAAUUAAGAAUUACAUGA